UCGCAGAUGUUUCACACCUGGCUCGGGAGUUUGCUACGCUCCUUGAGUUCUGUGUGGCCGGAGGUUUCCAGUUUGCCCCAUGGCAGUCUUGCUGCCCGGGCGCCCCGAUGCCAGGACAGGUGACCGGCUCAGGGCAGGACGGAGCCGCGGGACCAGCUAGCUUCGCAUUCCUGCUGCGGGUCUAGUUCUCAGUUGCUCCGUGGAGUGAGCCAGGCUCCAGCGGGGGGCGGGUGGGCGGCGGCAGCGGGACCCAUGGCUCGCACCGGGAGGGGGGAUUGGCACGGCGGGACCCACUGCCUUCUCAUUCCCGAGCCCGCCCUCCGACAAGGGGGCGACUCGGAGCUGAGCAUGCCAGGGGGGUGCAUGGCCAGACCCCCUCCCCCAGGCGGGGCUGGGCCCGGCGGGGUGAAGCCCCAUGCUGCCCCGGGGGGAGGCGCGCAGCUUCUCCAGGUGCAAUGCGCCCCGCGGAGCGCACGGGAGUGGCCAGCCGGGGGCUCUCUCGGCUCCCCGCCGGGCGGGCUGCCGGGGUGCCCGGCCCCCGGGGAGGGAGGCAGCUCUGCAAAGUUUGCAGCCGGCCUGGCCCGAGCUCGCCGCCCCCGCCGGACCCUUUGCACACGAGUCCCCGGCGCUUCACACGGGCCGCGGCCGGGGCCAGAUAAAGAGGCAGCUGCGAGCCCGGGGGGUGUGGCUGGAGCAGGGGGACCCUCGCGGAGAGCCCGAGCCGAGCGCGCCCCGGCAGGUGAGGAUGGCGCAAAGGGACGGGGAGGAGAAGCGGCACCUGCUGGAGGAGCCCGGAGCCAGAUCCUAUCUGAGCAUCUCUGAGAAGAACUUUCAUAAUUCCAUGCUCAAGUACAUUCCAGACACGUCCUCCGUCGAGCUGGGCCUCCCAGGGAACCAGCAUUGUCAUUCCAACUGGGCUGCUGGCAGCCACUACGAUUCCGAAAAGCAGCGGGCUCGAAGGAAACUCUACAUCGCAUCUGUGAUCUGCCUGGUCUUCAUGACAGGAGAAGUCGUAGGGGGAUACCUGUCCCACAGCCUGGCCAUCAUGACAGACGCAGCCCACCUGCUGACGGACUUCGCCAGCAUGAUGAUCAGUCUGUUUUCCCUGUGGAUGGCCUCGCGGCCGGCUACCAAAACAAUGAACUUUGGCUGGCACCGAGCAGAGAUCCUGGGGGCUCUGGUCUCAGUGCUGUCGAUCUGGGUGGUGACCGGAGUCUUGGUUUAUCUGGCCGCGGAGCGUCUGCUCUCAGACAACUACGAGAUCGAAGGGGACGCCAUGCUCAUCACCUCCGCCUGUGCUGUGGCGGUGAAUAUCAUAAUGGGAAUCGCUCUUCACCAGUCAGGUCAUGGGCACAGCCACCAUGGGCACAGCAAGCAGGGGAACACCAGCGUCCAGGCUGCCUUUAUCCAUGUGGUCGGGGACCUGCUGCAGAGCGUUGGCAUCCUGGUAGCUGCAUACAUCAUAUAUUUCAAGCCAGAGUACAAAUACGCAGACCCCAUCUGUACCUUCCUGUUCUCAGUCCUGGUCCUUGGAACCACACUCACCAUCCUCCGGGAUGUCGUCCUUGUGCUGAUGGAAGGUACCCCAAAAGGGGUGGACUUCAACAACGUGAAGGAGAUCUUGCUGUCCAUCAAUGGUGUGAAAGCCCUUCACAGCCUCCACAUCUGGGCCCUGACUGUCUCGCACCCAGUGCUGUCAGUCCAUAUAGCUAUCAAUGAAAACACCGACGCACAGACAAUCUUGAAGGAGGCUAGUUCCCAACUGCAAGGGGCGUUCAACUUCCACACCACCACCAUCCAGAUCGAGAACUACUCUGAGGACAUGAGAGACUGCCGGGAGUGCCAGAGCCCCUCCGACUGAGCGCCUCUCUGCACAGGGCGGGGGAAUCGGUGACCGACUGUGGACCAACAGUCCUGGAAACGCUGCGACCUCAGAGAUCCUUUGCCGCCUCCCUGAACAAGGACACGCUGUGGUCAAGUGCCCGUUCGGAGGCAGCAGGGUGCCAGUCCCUGGGGCAUUGGGAUGAGGUGAUAUGACCGUGUUCUCUCCUGCGCUGUGUUUGAGAGACAGUAACAUUUUCUUUUCUUUUCUUUUUUUUUUUAUUUCACUUUCAUCCCAUCCCAAACAGGGAGCAUCACUUUUAAUAUUCUGAAAAUAAAGCAGAUCAAACGA